CCUGUAUCAUAUCUUCCUGCUGCUCUGAAGCCGAGUUUGUACUUUGGAAAGCGUUGUCUUAAGGAACACACCCCUUAAACAACAACACCAACGAAUUUAUAUUCUUUAUAAUAAUCAUUUCAUUUACAACACAACGAGCUCUAGUGAUUUUUUCUUCUCCCCUUUCAUUUUGUGUUGGAUAUUCAUAAAUACGAAAAGAAGAGACUUAAAAGAAGGAGAAAAGGCAUUUUGUUUAAUAAAGUCUACAUUUUCAAGGCAGAGCUACAACCGAAGAGAAUAACUAGGAAGGUGCCACAGGAAGAAAAAUGCCUGGACUCAAUAAACAUUCUGCCGACAACGUGUUUAUGAUUUCACUAUGUCUGGGGCUGGCCUUGCUCAUUGUCAGUGUGACUGGACAAUGUGGCUAUCCUCCAGAUUAUGAGACUGCCAUACUGAAAAAUAAACAUCAAAUUCAAGGGCCAUCUGACUUUGUAGAGGGAUUUAAAGUUACUUAUAAAUGUCGCAGUGGGUAUGUACCAGAGACUGGAUCUCCAACAAUCACCUGUACCAAUUCACAGUGGUCACAGCUGACCUUGGUGUGUGAACGCCGAUCAUGUGGAAGUCCAGGAGAGAUACUUAAUGGACACUUUAAUACUGAUGAGGGUGUUCUUUUUGGAGACAAGGCUUAUGCAGUUUGUGAUGAAGGAUUCCAGUUGGCAGGCAGUGGUGUCAGAAGCUGUCGCGCUGCUGGCUGGGAUAGUGCCAUUCCUAUAUGUGAAAUUGUUAGGUGUCCAAACCCUCUAGAGAUUGUAAAUGGUGAAAUCACAAACCCACCUCAUAGAACUGUCACGUUUGGCACAGUUAUUAUCUACAAGUGUAAUGAAGGGGUUCUGGUGGGUAAUAGGGAGCUUGUUUGCACCAUAGAUGGAAACUACAGUAGUGCUCCUCCAGCAUGUAAAGAACACAAAGGCUGCCCUUCUGUUCAAGUGGAAAAUGGCUAUAAGACAGCUGGAUUUGGACCAGUUAAUAACUAUGGGGAUUCCAUUACCUUUGCUUGUAAUCCUGGGUAUAUUCUCAAUGGCACUGACACUGUUACAUGUGGAAAAAAUGAAAUUUGGGAACCUGAACUUCCGACUUGCCAAAAAGCUCCAACAACAACCACCACAACCACCACCACCACAGAAGUGCCUCCAACACCCUCUCCAGCUCCAACAACAACCACCACAACCACCACAACCACAGAAGUGCCUCCAACACCCUCUCCAGCACAAUGUGGCAGUCCUCCAGCUUAUCCCAAUGUGAUUAUAAUCACUCAACCACCACUUGACGUAGAGGGAUCUACAAUCACUUAUGCAUGUCAGAGUGGGUAUGUACGGAAGAGUGGAUCUCCAACAAUCACCUGUACCAAUUCACAGUGGUCAAAUCUGACCUUGGUGUGUGAACGCCGAUCAUGUGGAAGUCCAGGAGAGAUACUUAAUGGACACUUUAAUACUGAUGAGGGUGUUCUUUUUGGAGACAAGGCUUAUGCAGUUUGUGAUGAAGGAUUCCAGUUGGUAGGCAGUGGUGUCAGAAACUGCGUUGCUACUGGCUGGGAUGGUGACAUUCCUAUAUGUGAAAUUGUUAAGUGUCCAAACCCUCCAGAGAUUGUAAACGGUGAAAUCACAAACCCACCUCAGGGAACUGUCACGUUUGGCACAUCUAUUACCUACAAGUGUAAUAAAGGGAUUCUGGUGGGUAAUAGGGAGCUUGUUUGCACCAAAGAUGGAAACUACAGUAGUGCUCCUCCAGCAUGUAAAGAUCAUAAUGGCUGCCGUUCUGUUCAUGUGGAAAAUGGCUAUAAGGUAGCUGGAUUUGGACCCGAUUAUAACUAUGAGGAUUUCAUUACCUUUGCUUGUAAUCCUGGGUAUAUUCUCAAUGGCACUGACACUGUUACAUGUGGAAUAAAUGAAAUUUGGGAACCUCAACUUCCUACUUGCCAAAAAGCUCCAACAACCAACACCACAACCACCACCACAGAAGUGCCUCCAACACCCUCUCCAGCUCCAACAACCACCACAACCACAGAAGUGCCUUCAACACCCUCUCCAGGACAAUGUGGCAAUCCUCCAGAUUAUCCCAAUGUGACAAUAAUCACUCAACUGCCACCUAAUUUAGUGGAGGGAUUUACAAUCACUUAUGCAUGUCAGAGUGGGUAUGUACGGAAGAGUGGAUCUACAACAAUCACCUGUACCAAUUCACAGUGGUCACAGUUGACCUUGGUGUGUGAACGCCGAUCAUGUGGAAGUCCAGGAGAGAUACUUAAUGGACGCUUUAAUACUGAUGAGGGUGUUCUUUUUGGAGACAAGGCUUAUGCAGUUUGUAAUGAAGGAUUCCAUUUGGUAGGCAGUGGUGUCAGAAACUGCCUUGCUAUUGGCUGGGAUGGUGCUAUUCCUAUAUGUGAAAUUGUUAGGUGUCCAAACCCUCCAGAGAUUGUAAAUGGUGAAAUCACAAACCCACCUCAUAGAACUGUCACGUUUGGCACAGUUAUUAUCUACAAGUGUAAUGAAGGGGUUCUGGUGGGUAAUAGGGAGCUUGUUUGCACCAAAUAUGGAAACUACAGUAGUGACCCUCCAGCAUGUAAAGAUCACAAAGGCUGCCCUUCUGUUCCAGUGGAAAAUGGCCGUAAGGUAGCUGGAUUUGGACCUGAUUAUAACUAUGGGGAUUUCAUUACCUUUGCUUGUAAUUCUGGGUAUAUUCUCCAUGGCACUGACACUGUUACAUGUGGAGUAAAUGAAAUUUGGGAACCUGAACUUCCGACUUGCCAAAAAGCACCAUGUGGCAAUCCUCCAAUUUAUCCCAAUGCCGUACUGGAAGGUGAACCAAAAGGACCUUUUGUUGACGGAUUUACAAUCAGUUAUACGUGUCAGAGUGGGUAUGUACGGAAGUCUGGAUCUCCAAGAAUCACCUGUACCAGUUCACAGUGGUCACAUCUGACCUUGGUGUGUGAUCGCCGAUCAUGUGGAAGUCCAGGAAAGAUACUUAAUGGACACUUUAAUACUGAUGACGGUGUUCUUUUUGGAGACAAGGCUUAUGCAGUUUGUGAUGAAGGAUUCCAGAUGGCAGGCAAUGGUGUCAGAAGCUGUCGCGCUGCUGGCUGGGACGGUGCCACUCCUACAUGUGAAAAUGUUAAGUGUCCAGACCCUACAUCGAUUGUAAAUGGUGAAAUCACAAACGCACCUCAGAGAACUGUCACGUUUGGCACAUCUAUUACCUACAAGUGUAAUGAAGGGGUUCUGGUGGGUAAUAGGGAGCUUGUUUGCACCAAAUAUGGAAACUACAGUAGUGCUCCUCCAGCAUGUAAAGAUCACAAAGGCUGCCCUUUUGUUCAAGUGGAAAAUGGCCAUAAGACAGCUGGAUUUGGACCAGUUUAUAACUAUAAGGAUUCCAUUACCUUUGCUUGUAAUCCUGGGUAUAUUCUCAAUGGCACUGACACUGUUACAUGUGGAAUAAAUGAAAUUUGGGAACCUGAACUUCCGACUUGCCAAAAAGGGUUCAAUUAUGUUAUCGUUGGUCUACUGAUUGCUGUUGCUGUUGUUUUUGCUGUUGCUGUUGCAGUCUGUUGCUGGUUUUUCAAAAAUAGGAAAGGGAAAUCCUCUUCUCCUCCUCGCACUGCUGCUGUUUAUUAAAUCAAUGCUGUUCAGCUGAAAAGGAUUCUCUCCAGUAGUGUGCAUCAAUACAGGCACUGAUUUUUAUUUAUUUAUUCACUGCAAAUUAAAUUGUGCACCUCUGUCUUUCAGCAAUGGGUAGGGGCUGAAGUUUGAAAUAAAUUGUUUAAGUAGCCCGUACAUUUGGUAGCAUCUGCAAAUGUAUAAUGGAGAUAUAUACAAAAAAAAUCCAUCCAGAUUUCUUAGUUCUUGUUAAUUGCUCUACGUGAUUGACUGGUGUACUUAACUGAUGGAGUAUAUGUUCCUGCCUUUCCCCUCUGCACUGCAAUUGCGACUGUUAGUUUUUUACUGUAGGUAAGGGCUGGCUGUUUUGUGUUAAUUGUACUGUCUGGUGCCUAUGGGAAACAGAUUCUUACACGGAACACUGCUGGCCAGGCACCUGGUGAGCUCAGAGCAAAUAAACCCUCCUGUAGGGCUGCUGCUUUGUUCUUCUAAUUCUUUGUAGGCUUCUUUGCAUCUUCGCAGUUAGGCAGUCACAGAUGGAAUAAUGCGUUUCAACAGUAAACGCUUCUCGUCCCGAAAGGUUGCCGCUACCCCAAACUUUCUUUUCUUUGUCUUACUCCGUUGUGAGUCUGCUUUUGUACACUUCAGUAUCCAAAAGUCUUUUUGUUUCGUAGGUUUGAAAGUCAUUUCUGACCUGUCCGAUAAAACCAAGAAGCGAGUCGUACGAAAUGGGAAACGAACACAGAUCUAUUUGUACUUGUUGAAGUGCUUUUCUAGUAGCUUUGAGUCUUUUGAAGAAUAAAAUCUCACACAACAGGCAUAACUGCAGUUUCCAGACUGGCCAUCGCAGCUCUUAAUUGGCAGGCUUCGUCUUGAGAUGCUCUUGUGUUGUCAUUGUCAACAAAUAUUUCAGUCAAAGCAUCCUGAAUGGCUUUGUAGCCCAAUCGUGAAGCCUUCGUUGCAUCAGCUCUUGCAGACCAUCUAGUUGUAGGCAGACUUUUCAGAGUGAGACAUUCAUUACACGUUUCAAGCUGUGAUCUAAGAAUCUUCCAGCGACGGGUUGAAGCAGAGAAAAAGUUGUGAAGACUUUGAACAAAGCCAAAAAAUGAAACUGCCGUCAAGCAGCAUUCCGCAGCACACGAACCAACCAAACUCAGCGAAUGCGCAGAACACAGAACAUAAUCAGCAAGAGGGUUUUAAUUUUUAAUUCUUGCCUGAAGUCCUGAAUAUUUCCCAGACAUGUUGCUAGCAUUGUCGUAGCUCUGACCGCAGCAGUCCUCGAUACCAAUGUCAGAUUCUUGCAGCAACGAUGUGACGGUUCUCUCCAGGUGUUCAGCAGUAUGGCCAGGUAUACAUCUCAAUAAACGAUCGAUAGGUUUGCUGUUCUGUUGCACGUACCUGAUUAUCAAGGUAAGCUGGUCGAUGUGAGCUAAAUCAGGAGUAGAAUCCACAAUAAUAGAAUAAUACUUGCAACUUUUUAAUUUUGUUGACAAUGGAACUGAGAACUUUAUCAGACAUCAACUGUGUGAAUUUGUUACAAAUUGUAGAAGACAAGUAAUUAGGAAUUCCUUUGCCAGCGUUUCCAUGUUUUGCGCAAAGCGACCGAUUAAUUCUAGGCAUCCCAAAAAGUUACACGGAAAGGAAGACCCUGUGCAGCUAUAAACUGUACUGUAACAGUAGCGCCAGUAUGUUCGCUCCACAUUUAACUGAUUACGUGCAUUAAUAUCUAUGCGUGAAGCGAGACGAAACACAGCAGUGCGAUGGUCUGUUGAGUUUUCAUGUUCGCAUAAGCGACUGCUGCAAUUUUUUUACUCAUUGAAUCCUGAUUUGACAGAAGAAUCUUUCUUUGAAAACAAUUUGCAUACAACAAUACACAAGUCCAGUAGAAGGAGAGUAUACUAACCAUUCUCUCGAUUAGUACUUCACCGUUUUGUUUUCUACUAUAAAAUUGUUCCUUCGCCAGGCACCGGUUUGUGGUUCCAUACCUGCGCAUCAAAGCAGAGAAAUUGCAGAUGUUUUGGCUUGGCUGCGUUAAUGAAAAAUAGUCCUGCAGUUUUUCAUCGAUUUGAUAUUCACGAGGCAGGAUCAUCCAAGUAGGUGGCUAUGGCUCUAUCUGGACUGUAAAGUUGCUCAGCUUCAGUUUGUUGGUCAAGUGAGACCUCCGGUAGUUCAGCUGGCAGAGAAUCCUUAACUGCCGGGGUUGAGGUUUUCGGCGGUUCAGGGCUUUCUGCAUUUGACAAGUAAGAAGACGAUGGUGCUGAAUUUCCAAUUUGCAGAAAACGUUCUAAUGCCCCCUUUGCCAUCUGGACUUCUCUUCCUCCUGUUUCUUUUUUUUGUGCUUUGCUGCCCCCGAAAGAUAUAUCGUUUGCUAUAUUAUUAUUAGUCACACGCACACUGUCAAAAAAACAGUCGUCGAACAUUGUGCCUCAGUUCGAACGUCAGGUAUUCCACUUUAGACAUAAUUAUCUCUGUGCUUUUUUAAAAAAAAAAAAAAAGCUAAAAAAAACCAUAAAGAUGAUCAAGAAAAGUGUAAUUUAUUAUUAUUUUUAGUGUUGAGUGUCAAGACUAAAACUGGUUCAGGUUACAAGCAUCUAUCACAUUGAUUUAAAAAAAAAAAAAAGAUUUUUUACUUACAGACUUGAUCAUCCACAGCACACCUACCAAAUAUUUCAUUGGUGUUGUUUUUUUUAAUGCUUUUCCCUCGACACCGAAGACCCUUUAUAGAAAACUAGCUACUUAUUAGGGAACUGAAAUCCUUUAAUUUAUUUGUUUGUUGUUCUGUUAGUGCUGACAGUAGAUGGACUGUUUUAGAAACCAUUAAAAAGCUAGGGGGUGUCUAUUUGCUGUAAAUUAUCAAAACAGCGGCAUAUCCUAAUUCUGCCGUACCUUCUCUUUAUUAAUCCUGCUGAUGCGUUCCCCUAAGGGGUGAUCUGUUAACCCUCAAAUCACAAGAGAGACCCACAAGGUUCAUGUAGUGAAAUCAAGAUAAUUUUAAGCCUGUUGGUUUACAGGCAGACGCACAGGCUAUUUACCACUGUACUUGCAUUACGGUUGGUAUAAACAGUCUGUGUAAGAUAAACAUUAAUAAAAAAUAAAACAAAUGUGAUGAUACGCCAUUUAAUCAGAACUGCGAACAUUUCUGUUUCUCACCAGUGAUAACCCAAUAUUAAACUGCUACAUUGGCACUUUCUCAGUAUGAGGGAAUAUUAUGGGUCUGUGUUAAUAUUUAUAUAAAUAUAAGAUUGUGUAAGUCAGAGAUUGUUUGUAAUCCUGUGAACUGGAAAUUUUAGAUUUUU